ACUUCGUACCUGAUCACAAAAACUCAAACACAGCUCAGCCUGUACUUGUUUUUCCUGAGCUCACGUUAUGCAAUUUGACUCGCUCCUCUGACUCGUUAUCAACGGGGCGAUGUGACGUCAUCACACAGCUCCGGGAAGGUCUCGCGCGGCUGCUGCUUCCAGAUCAGCUAACAGGCGAAAACAAACAGCAGCUCACCGACAAACGGGACAGCGUGGCUAGGGUCAGUCCGCAUUUCUGAAUGUGUGCAGAUGAGGUAUUGCGCCUUUUUGCACUGACUUGAGCCUUUUAUGCAACGCGCUCUGCUCAUUAGGCACGACGAUGUCCGACGCUGCUAGCACUACUUCUACAGACAACAACGGAGACUCCGGGCUAAACGGGUCCUGGGUGGAGUUGGAGAUGAACAGAGGUGCAGCUGGUUCCGCCCAGUCAUCUUCCACAGGCAGCACUGCCACGAGCCUCCUACCCCUUCCUCAGGUGGAGGAAGAGGAGGCCAUGGUCGGGGGGCUGGAGCACGUCCCAUCCUCGUCCUCGAUCCACAACGGAGACAUGGAAAAGAUUCUGUUGGAUGCCCAGCAUGAAUCGAGCCGCAGCAACUCCUCCUGUGAUAGCCCCCCUCGGCCCCACAGUCCCCAGGACGACGGGCAGAUCAUCUUUGAUGUGGACGUGGCCAGCAGAAGAGACAGCCAAUCAGAGGAGGACACCUUGGACAAGGAGAGGGACAUGGACAUCCUGAUGAAGGACGCAGACUGGGUUGCUGACUGGUCCAGUCGACCGGAAAACAUUCCUCCAAAGGAGUUUCAUUUCCGCCAUCCUCGACGCUCCGUAACACUGAGCAUGAGAAAGACCGGAGCCAUGAAGAAGGGAGGCAUCUUCUCGGCUGAGUUCCUGAAGGUCUUCAUCCCCUCGCUGCUGCUAUCACACAUCCUUGCUCUGGGGCUGGGAGUCUACAUUGGGAAGAGGUUGACCACUCCACCAGCCAGCUCCUUCUGAGCCAGAACACGAAGAAAAGUGCCUGAGAAUUGGCCAUGAUGAAGAAGAAGGCUUUGCUGUUGUGACAAGGGGUCCGCCUGCCCCCCCCCCAUCCUGCCUGCUCCUGCUCCCCCUCCUCGUCCCUGAGAUAUGACUUGUUCUCAGGAGAAAUGUAUCUGCCAUUUCCUCCGCAUUCAUUUUUUUCCUUGAUCUUCUUCGCUUUGAACCUCUGUAGAUAUUUCCUCUCUGCCCUUUUAUCUCACUCAUUUGUAUAAGCUUUUCGAGGAACGAUUAAGGCUGUAUUUCUUGUGGGGUUCACAUGUCGAUGCGGCUUGGUUUUCAGGGCGCGUACGCAGUUUUAAGCCAAAUUCCUCUCUGGCCCUUUAGAAUCAGACGAUGGAGGAGGACGGUCCAGUUCAGAACAGCUCACAGAUUGUGCCACUAACAUGAGUAGCCCAACACCCAAACACAAAUAUGGAGUCAGAGACUUUUUUGGAAGUUGCCAUUUUGUUCAUCUUCUAGCUAACGUAGGUAUUUAUUUAUUUUAAACAGCAGUUGUUUCUGGAGAUGUUUGUGACGUGCAGCUGGGAACAUUUUACGCAGUGAUAACUGGAACCGAGGCUGUGAUGGUGAGCUGCCAGUGUCCCCCCAGUAAACUGUCAGUAUUUUCCUUUGCUAGUAUUACGUGCUUGGGUUUUGGGUAACGGCUCAGUGUGGAUCCGUCGUGUGCUCAAACUGUCCCAUAUCACACUGUUAAAUCCUGACCGGUCGUAGUGCUAGUAAUCACAAAGGCUUUGAACCAGAAGUGAUGGCCAAAAUGUUUGACUUGCUGAGUUUUUUACGUUAAUUCAUGACUUUUUACUUAGAGUUUCUUCGAGUCUUUACUCCUGAGGAACCUUUGGUUAGUUGCCAGCCCUGCAUCUGAACACUCCGUCUCGUUUGCCAAAUCUUCCACACAACCCGAGCAGAAACAGGAAGUGAAUGUGUUGCGCUGAUGAGCCUGGUGGUCAUUUUUCUCUUUGUCUCUCUUCCUCCUAUUGAUAAAGAGUGGAUGGUUCAAACACAGCUGAACGUGUUCUUUACCGUCGCCUACCAAAGCAUUAUGAGUUUUGAAACCAGACAUCAUUGCAGUAUCUCUGAGGUUGGAGCGAGGAUGGUCAUCAGACGUGAGCGCUCAUCUCCAUUCAGUCUUUAGUUCUGAGUGACGUAGGGUUCAUUUAGCAUCUUAACACAUUCCAUGCCAAACAAAGCGCCUGUUACAGAUCUGGUGUGUGUUGAGACUAGAGAUUUGACCUCAUCUCCGCCAGCAGCCUUUACAGCGAACGGGUCGUUCGUUUGACUCGUUUAGAGGGACUGUGGUGAUAAAUAUGUUUCCUCUAAAUGGAACAUGCAGCGUCUUAUAUCUGACACUAAGUCAUCACUUGGGACAUUGACCACCAGAGAAAGUGCUCACUUGAUUUGCAAACACUAAAGCAGAUACGCUGACGAGCAGCAUGCACACAGUGAGACCUGACUACAGAGAGCCACAGAGGUACUGUUUUCUUGUGCGCCAUCCAAGUCUGUGCCUGUGUUUGUACUUACAGCAUUUGAACGUAAUAUUGUGGAUUGUCUUUUCGUUUCCCUUUUUCUUUAGUUUCAACAUUUUUUCUCUUUGAUGUUAAAGAAAGAUUGUGAAUGCACAGAGUUAAGUUUGACAUGGGUUGAGUUUGAAAAGUGAGAAUAAAGCCCCUGACGUGGAUGCUAGGGCCUGACUGAAGGCAUGAGGCGCAGUCCUCUGCGAUGGUCUAAUAGUUAUUGUAAUCAUGCAUUUGCUUUAAUUUUCAUUUUCCCUCUACAUUGACGACGUUGAUAAACACUUUGUCAUUAAAGAUUACCUGAAUGAA